UGGAUAUUGGUUAGGACGCGGUGCGUCAUUUGCAUUUUGCUCGCUACCUUGUGGAGCUAUGGAUUCAUAUGAUGUUAUAACAAACCAACCUGUAGUUAUAGAUAUAGGUACAGGUAUACUGAAAGCAGGUUUUGCAGGUGAUCAAGUUCCAAAGUAUCGGUUUCCAAAUUAUAUUGGUCGUCCAAAACAUGUCAGAGUUAUGGCAGGUGCUCUUGAAGGUGAUGAUUUUAUUGGACCUAAAGCAGAAGAACACCGUGGACUAUUGAGUAUUCGAUAUCCUAUUGAACACGGUAUUAUACGUGAUUGGAAUGAUAUGGAAAGAAUAUGGGCCUAUAUAUAUGGAAAGGAUCAGUUGAUGGUCAAUAGUGAAGAACAUCCAGUUUUAUUAACAGAAGCUCCAUACAACCCUAAGAAGAAUAGAGAGAAAAUGGCAGAAAUAUUCUUUGAAACAUUUAGUGUACCUGCUCUGUAUAUUUCAAUGCAAGCAGUACUAAGUUUAUACUCUACAGGACGAACUACAGGAGUUGUACUCGAUUCAGGUGAUGGUGUAACUCAUGCUGUGCCUAUCUAUGAAGGCUAUGCUCUUCCACACGCUAUUGAACGUACCGACUUAGCUGGUCGUGAUGUGACACGUUUUCUAAGAUUGUUAUUACGCAAAGAAGGAGCUGAUUUCCAUACAACAUCAGAAUUUGAAAUUGUUCGUCAAAUUAAGGAACGUGCAUGCUUUAUCAGCUUAAAUCCAAGUAAAGUUGAAGCAAUGGAAGCCUUAGCAUCAUACCCAUUACCAGAUGGUUCUACACUGGAAAUUGGUCCAGCACGAUUUCGAGCUCCAGAAUUACUCUUCCGACCUGAUUUAAUGGGUCAAGAGUACUUUGGUAUUCAUCAAGUGUUGGCUUAUGCCAUACAAAAAUCUGAUAUGGAUUUAAGACGUAUGCUGUAUGAGAAUAUUGUACUGUCUGGCGGUUCAACUCUUUUCAAAGGAUUCGGUGAUCGACUUGUCUUAGAGUUGAAGCGUUUAGCUCCAAAAGAUGCACAUCUUAGAAUUUCUGCACCUCAAGAGCGUUUAUACUCUACAUGGAUUGGUGGUUCAAUUCUUGCUUCAUUGGAUACCUUUAAAAGGAUGUGGAUAUCAAAACGAGAGUAUGACAGUGAAGGGGCACGUGUUCUCUACCGAAAACUUCUUUAAGACUAUUUAUUGACUUCUCUACUUUAUUACAAUUUUCUCUAUUCUGUUGAAUACACAUUUAUUGAUGGAUUAUCAUUCUCACAAAAUGUACUUGAAGACAAAUACAUGUGUGUGUUUGUGUGUGUCUUACUUCCAGUUAUAACCUUCAGCAUGAGAUCUGUAUUUCCUUCUUUUAACCCAAAUAUACACACACACACACACGUAUGUAUGUAUGGAUCCACUAAACUUUCUCACUAUCACCUUUUCUUUUCUCUACUUUUUAUCCCGCUGAUUUUAUUCCUUGCUAAAGGUCUCUACGCCAUCUUCGUUGUCCUCAUCAUUAUCAUCAUGCUGGUUUCAAUAUGUGAAAAUCUCCUUAAAAUUGCUACCGAGGCUUGCAUGUGUGUGUGUGUGUACGCUCGUGUGUGCAUGCGUAUCUCGCAUGUCUUCUGCGUACACUAUGAAAGUCUUCUCGAUGAUCUAAUCAUCUUUUAUGUGUUAUUUGUAAAAUGGGUUCAGUUAUUUAUUUAGUUAUUUCUUUUUAUUUCUCUUCAUGUGUUUGUUUUAAUUCUCCGAUUCAUUGGGUACUCUUAUUCUGGAAUAUUUGGAGCAAACAAAAAAAUCAUUAUCAUCCGAUCCGAUCCGAUCCCCCUACGACCUGGUUUGUCUCUUCAUGUUUCUAUUUUCAUUGUCAUAUCCAUGUGUAUGUGUGUGCGUUUGUUCAUUUUGCGCAGAUGGUAUAUCUUGUCUGUGUUAAUAUUGUGUUCUUAAUCUUACAACUAUUAUUGUGUACUUUGUAUCGCCAUCGCAUUCCAGUCCACUUGGUGUGUUGGGGGGAUGGGCAGGCAGGUGGAGGUCAUUCAAAUAUAUAUAUAUAUAUAUAUAUAUAUAUAUAUAUAUAUAUAUAUAUAUAUACUAAGUUAUUUAUACGGUCUUCAUUUAUCGAUGCCGGUGUUUUCGCUUCUUUUUUUUCCGACAGAGGUAUUAGAGGAUUAUCUGUUCAUUUUACAAAAUUACUGUCUUUGAAUAUGUUGACGCUUGGUUGUUCAUCACUCUCUGUCUUCGGUUGCUUCUAUUCUCUGCUUUGUUUGCAUUGAAUACUAUUAUGAAGAUUGAUUUAAGCGGAUGGUUUGUCCAUACUUUGUAUAUCUAUACAUAUAUAUAUAUAUAUUAUAUAUAUUUCUACUUUUGUCCUAAUGAAAUAUAUUUAGCUUUUUUUUUUGUUUUA